AAUAUGCCAUUUUUCCGAUGGACGCUUCUCCUUUGGACUGCUGACGGAGCCGCGGGAAGAUGCCGGCUUGCUGCCACGCCACCCAGCCGGGGCACGUUCCGGGAGGGCGCCGGGGCACUCGAGUGUCUAAGCUGCCUUUCUCCUCCGGUUGCUAGGGAAAUGGUCCAGGAGUGCCGGGCGUGAGCUUCCCCUCUCGUCAAGCCUGAGACUGCGGUUGUCAUUGAUCUAUUGAAGAAGCAAGACCCGAAAUUACAGACAUUAGCAAUGAUGUGUGAAGUGAUGCCCACGAUUAACGAGGACACCCCAAUGAGCCAAAGGGGGUCCCAAAGCAGUGGCUCGGACUCAGACUCCCAUUUUGAGCAGCUGAUGGUGAAUAUGCUAGAUGAAAGGGACCGUCUUCUAGACACCCUUCGGGAGACCCAAGAAAGCCUCUCACUUGCCCAGCAAAGACUGCAGGAUGUCAUCUAUGACCGAGAUUCACUCCAGCGACAGCUCAAUUCAGCCCUGCCACAGGAUAUCGAAUCCCUAACAGGAGGGCUGACUGGUUCUAAGGGGGCUGAUCCGCCGGAAUUUGCUGCACUGACAAAAGAAUUAAAUGCCUGUAGGGAGCAACUUCUAGAAAAGGAAGAAGAAAUUUCUGAACUUAAAGCUGAAAGAAACAACACAAGACUGUUACUGGAGCACUUGGAAUGCCUGGUGUCCCGACAUGAAAGGUCACUAAGAAUGACAGUGGUGAAACGGCAAGCCCAGUCCCCCUCAGGAGUCUCCAGUGAGGUUGAGGUUCUCAAGGCACUGAAAUCUUUGUUUGAGCACCACAAGGCCUUGGAUGAAAAGGUAAGGGAGCGACUGAGGGUUUCUUUAGAAAGAGUCUCUGCACUGGAAGAAGAACUAGCUGCUGCUAAUCAGGAGGUAAAUGCCCCUGCUAUCAGACCACAAAACUGUAGUCUUGACCUAGAUAAAUUUUGGAUUGUGUAUGCAGUGAAUCACUUCAGUCAUUUUCAAAAGAUUGUUGCCUUGCGUGAACAAAAUGUUCAUAUACAAAGAAAAAUGGCAUCAAGUGAGGGGUCCACAGAAUCAGAACAUCUUGAAGGGAUGGAACCUGGUCAGAAAGUCCAUGAAAAGCGUUUGUCCAAUGGCUCUAUAGACUCAACUGAUGAAACUAGUCAAAUAGUCGAACUACAAGAAUUGCUUGAAAAGCAAAACUAUGAAAUGGCUCAAAUGAAAGAACGUUUAGCAGCCCUUUCUUCCCGAGUGGGGGAGGUGGAACAGGAAGCAGAGACAGCAAGAAAGGAUCUCAUUAAAACUGAAGAAAUGAACACUAAGUAUCAAAGGGACAUCAGGGAGGCCAUGGCACAGAAGGAAGAUAUGGAAGAAAGAAUCACAACCCUUGAGAAGCGUUACCUCAGUGCUCAGAGAGAAUCUACCUCCAUACAUGACAUGAAUGAUAAACUAGAAAAUGAGUUAGCAAAUAAAGAGGCCAUCCUACGGCAGAUGGAAGAGAAAAACAGACAGUUACAAGAGCGUCUGGAGCUGGCUGAGCAAAAGUUGCAGCAGACUAUGAGAAAAGCUGAGACCUUACCUGAAGUAGAGGCUGAACUGGCUCAGAGAAUUGCAGCCUUGACAAAGUCUGAUCCAACCUCUUCUACCUCAUCUGAUGAUUAUCAAUAUGUUAUGGAAGCUAAACUACAAGAAAUGAUCUCCAUACGUAGGAAGGCCGAAGAGAGACAUGGAAACAUUGAAGAACGUAUGAGACAUCUAGAAGGUCAACUUGAAGAGAAAAAUCAAGAACUUCAAAGAGCUAGGCAAAGAGAGAAAAUGAAUGAGGAGCACAACAAAAGAUUGUCUGAUACUGUGGACAGACUUCUGACUGAAUCCAAUGAGCGCUUACAGCUACAUUUAAAGGAGAGAAUGGCUGCUCUAGAAGAGAAGAAUGUUUUAAUUCAAGAAUCAGAAGCUUUCAGAAAGAAUCUGGAAGAAUCUUUACAUGAUAAGGAAAGAUUAGCAGAAGAAAUUGAAAAGCUGAGAUCUGAACUUGACCAAUUGAAAAUGAGAACUGGCUCUUUAAUUGAACCCACAAUAUCAAGAACUCAUCUAGACACCUCAGCUGAGUUGCGGUAUUCUGUUGGAUCCCUAGUGGACAGCCAGUCUGAUUACAGAACAACUAAAGUAAUAAGAAGACCCAGGAGAGGCCGCAUGGGUGUGCGAAGAGAUGAGGCAAAGGUGAAGUCUCUUGGGGAUCAUGAGUGGACUAGAACUCAGCAAAUUGGAGUGCUAAGCAGCCACCCUUUUGAAAGUGACACAGAAAUGUCUGAUAUUGAUGAUGAUGACAGAGAAACUAUUUUUAGUUCAAUGGAUCUUCUCUCUCCAAGUGGUCAUUCUGAUGCCCAGACUCUAGCCAUGAUGCUUCAGGAACAAUUGGAUGCCAUCAACAAAGAAAUCAGGCUAAUUCAGGAAGAAAAAGAAUCCACGGAGUUACGUGCUGAGGAAAUCGAGAACAGAGUGGCUAGUGUGAGCCUGGAAGGCCUGAAUUUAGCAAGAGUCCACCCAGGCACCUCCAUCACUGCCUCCGUUACAGCUUCUUCACUGGCCAGUUCAUCUCCCCCGAGUGGACACUCAACGCCAAAGCUCACCCCUCGGAGUCCUGCCAGGGAAAUGGAUCGGAUGGGAGUCAUGACACUGCCAAGUGAUCUAAGGAAACAUCGGAGAAAGAUUGCAGUGGUGGAAGAAGAUGGUCGGGAGGAUAAAGCAACAAUUAAAUGUGAAACUUCUCCUCCCCCUACCCCUAGAGCCAUCAGGAUGACUCACACCCUUCCCUCCUCCUACCACAAUGAUGCCCGAAGUAGUUUGUCUGCCUCCCUUGAGCCAGAAAGCCUUGGGCUUGGCAGUGCCAAUAGCAGCCAAGACUCUCUUCACAAAGCCCCCAAGAAGAAGGGAAUCAAGUCUUCAAUAGGACGUCUGUUUGGUAAAAAAGAAAAAGCCCGACUUGGGCAGCUCCGAGGCUUUAUGGAGACUGAGGCUGCCGCUCAGGAGUCCCUGGGGCUAGGCAAACUUGGAACUCAAGCUGAGAAGGAUAGAAGACUGAAGAAAAACACAUCUGGGCAUGAACUUCUAGAAGAAGCUCGGAGGAAGGGAUUACCUUUUGCUCAGUGGGAUGGGCCCACUGUGGUUGCAUGGCUGGAGCUCUGGUUGGGAAUGCCUGCUUGGUACGUAGCAGCCUGCCGAGCCAACGUGAAAAGUGGUGCCAUCAUGUCUGCUUUAUCAGACACUGAGAUCCAGAGAGAAAUCGGAAUCAGCAAUCCCCUGCAUCGCUUAAAGCUGCGACUAGCAAUCCAGGAGAUGGUUUCCCUAACAAGUCCUUCAGCUCCUCCGACAUCCCGAACUCCUUCAGGCAACGUUUGGGUGACCCAUGAAGAAAUGGAAAAUCUGGCUGCUCCAGCAAAAACGAAAGAAUCUGAGGAAGGAAGCUGGGCCCAGUGUCCGGUUUUUCUACAGACUCUUGCUUAUGGAGAUAUGAACCACGAGUGGAUUGGAAAUGAAUGGCUUCCCAGCCUGGGGUUACCUCAAUACAGAAGUUAUUUCAUGGAAUGCUUGGUAGAUGCAAGAAUGUUAGAUCACCUAACAAAAAAAGAUCUCCGUGUCCAUUUAAAAAUGGUGGAUAGUUUCCAUCGAACAAGUUUACAAUAUGGAAUUAUGUGCUUAAAGAGGUUGAAUUAUGACAGAAAAGAACUAGAAAGAAGACGGGAAGCAAGCCAACAUGAAAUAAAAGAUGUGUUGGUGUGGAGCAAUGAUCGAGUUAUUCGCUGGAUACAAGCAAUUGGACUUCGAGAAUAUGCAAACAAUAUUCUUGAAAGUGGUGUGCAUGGCUCACUUAUAGCCCUGGAUGAGAACUUUGACUACAGCAGCUUAGCUUUAUUACUACAGAUUCCAACCCAGAACACCCAGGCAAGGCAGAUUCUUGAAAGGGAAUACAAUAACCUCCUGGCUCUGGGAACUGAACGGCGACUGGAUGAAAGUGAUGACAAGAAUUUCAGGCGUGGGUCAACAUGGAGAAGACAGUUUCCCCCCCGUGAGGUACAUGGAAUCAGCAUGAUGCCUGGGUCCUCGGAAACAUUACCAGCUGGAUUCAGGUUAACCACAACAUCUGGGCAAUCGAGGAAAAUGACAACGGAUGUUGCUUCAUCAAGACUGCAGAGGUUAGACAACUCCACUGUUCGCACAUACUCAUGUUGACAAGCCACUCAAAGGAGGCAGCACUGACUUGCUAUGUCUUUUCCGUCUACUCUACCUAAAGUGCACUACCAUCUCAGAAGACAAACAGUGAAAACCUUUGUGAAGACUGAAUUCUAAGGACACAACCACAAGUAAUGGCUUAUUAAGCUGAAAAUGUGACCUGGGGGGAGUCAGAUACUAAGUUUGAUUAGUUUACUACAGUUGUAAGAAAAUGCUUCAGUCAUUUGAAUAAUAAGCAUCAUCCACAUCAUAAUUCUGUACAACUGAUGCUUUUAUGAAAUGGAGCCACUUGUUUUUUCAUGUUUUAUUGUAAUAUACUACGCAUUUAUGUAUUACUGUGUAUGUAUUUCUUUUUAAAUGUGUCUUAUGUAAAUGGAUAUAAAUAUGAUUUUUAAAAAAAUAAAAUAUAUGGUUCAUGGAGUCUCGAGUGCAAACAUUUGACAAUUCCAAGUACUGUUUGUAUUUUACCAUCCCACCAUUUUUACAGUUUUUGAAUUGUAACAGUCAAAUCGAUAUGUUUCUCCUUCAAGUCUGUCAAUACUUAAAGCUGAAAACCUGCCUCUGAUCAUGUAAAAAGGAAUGAUUUAACCUGGAACUGGAGCCAAAAAUAGUCCUUUAAAGGCAAUCAGGGAUGUCCUAAAUCUUUAGAAAUAGCACUGUGAUGGCUCGAUCUCCUUUUCAAUACAAAACAGAGCUAAACUGUUUACAAGAGUCGAAAGCAAUUAUUUAAAAAAAUUUAUAAGGAAUAAAUAUUAUCUUCUCUUGUUACCUGUGGACCAAGGAAAAAAAGAAAAAAAACUUCUUUACUAAGAACCACAUGUUCAUCAGAUCUUGAACCGCCAGCCAGCACUGUUCAGUGAAUGUCAACCACUACGGAGUCUGAGGCUCAUUUCCAUUGAAAAAACAAAACAAAACAAAAUCCAGAAACCUUUCCCUUUUGUCAAUGUAACAGGGCAUUAGUCAGACUCAUGUAUAAUGUUAUAAGCUUCUAGCCAAGAUGGCCUUGUUGCGACUUCCCUGAAGUCAGUCUUAUCAGAGGAAAUAAAUGAAAGACAGAAUGAUUAACAUAUAUAGUGUAUAAAAGUAUAGAAGAGUAAUCUCUUCCCUGUGGCUUUAUUUGGUGGUGUUACUGUUGUUUAUUCUUUGUUUAUAUGGGAGAUUUCAAAGUAAAAACCUAUUUAAUAAUACCAUUUAUCUAACUGCUGAUUUUCUGCUGCUUGAUCUUAUGAAGCGCAAGACCUGUCAUUAGUAAUUUCCUUUUUGCAUUUAAUUUGCUAUGUUUGCACGUACAUUACAUUUGUUUUGAUGUCUGUUUUUGUUUAACAGAUUCAGUCAAAAGGUAAUGGUAACAGAAACCCUUUCCAUUGUCAAUAAAAAAAAAAAUACUUCCAGUUCUCUGUUUAAUCUUUGUUUUCUAGUCACCUAAUGUUUAACAAUUUACUUGAACCACAAUGCAAAUUGUCCUUUUAGUGAUUCUCAAUCUAAUAUCUUCAUUAGUGAGUCUGCCACAUGAGGGAGCUCUAAACUUGCUUAUGAAGGUGAUUUUAAAUUUUCCAGAAAUGUUGCCUGAGCAGAAACAAUGGGAAAGAGCUUUCUAAGCUCAUCUGAUCGUGGGGAUCCUGACUUAAGGAAAUGAAAUGUAAUAUAGGAACUAUGAUAUUAUAAUAACAAACGAUUUGUAUCUACUCUCAAUACAUGACUUAAUCACAUAAUCAGUUUCUCCCCUUUAGAGAUCAUCUGGUAAGAAAUAGUAAUCGUUUCUAAUAGACUCUUAACGUAGAGCGAUAAAAAGAUCUACCUGUUCCUUCAAAAAAAGUAUAAAAUACUCUUCAACGUAUGAUAUAAUUUCUGCCAGAUUCUAAACUACAUUUAAUUUGGAUUUAAGCUCAGAAUCUCAAUAGUUUUCCUUCUGGCCAUCUAUCAGCUUUAUGAAUUUUCACAUUUGUAAUGAGAGCCUGUUCUCAAAUACAAUUUUAUAUAAAUAAAAGUGCUCUUGAAAUGUAAAGCAGGUCUAAUUUUUAUAUAUUUAAUGUAUUGUCUUGAACAAAAUAACUCAAUUGGAAAACACUUUUCCAUAGAUUUUAAAAGAACAUAUUUAAAUUUUUCCAAUGUCUUACAGUAAAAAUUUCCAUGGAGAUAUCAAAAGAAGGCCAUGCGGACUUUAUUUCAGCACAUUUAAAUAUGACUGUAUUUUUAGUAACAUUAUAUUGUUAUUUUUAAAGAUACAUUUGAUCCAGAAUAUUUUAGGUACAAUCUAGUGAAAGUGCUUUAUGGUAAGUAUGAAAUAGAAAAUUCCUUUUCUUUUCCUCCCAAAUUUUAGGCAAUCGACGACUCAAGUUUAUCUUUCUUGCCCCACUUUUCAUCAGUGAAAGUAACAGUACUUCUCCAGCCUCAUGCACCGUUUUACAAUCCCACUCAACUGGAAAAUAACUCAAGCCUGAUUGCUAAUGUGCCCCUUCAGAA